AUGGCGUGCGCAUCGUUUUCCCAUCAUCGCUACCUUAUCACCGAGUCGCCACCUUGCAACCGCCUCCCGAACGAGUUUAUCAUCCUGCUCAAUCUCUCGCCUUCCUGCUGCUUCGCGCCCUGGCCAUGCGACAUCCUCUGCUACCUCACCUCCUCAUCGGCGCAUUGCCGCCACAUCCGCCACCUAGCACAAUAUGAUUCCCUAUCCGCCAAACUCACCUCCGUGUUGCUUCUCGCCGUGGCUGUGCGACCUCCAGUGCCGCCUCACCUCGUCAUCGGCGUCGCACAUCCCCUUUCCCCUAGGUCGCACAUCCCCUUUCCCCUAGAUCGCACAUCCCUUUUCCCCCAAGUCACACCUCCCCUUUCCCCCAGGUCGCUCCUCCCGUUUCCCCCAGGUCGCUCCUCCCCUACCCCCCAGAUCGCUCCUCCCCUUUCCCCCAUGUCGCACCUCCCCUUUCCCCCAGGCCGCACCUCCGCUUUCCCCCAUGUCGCCCUUUUCCUUCCCCCCAGGUCGCGCCUCCCCUUCCCCCCAGGUCGCUCCUCCCCUACCCCCCAGAUCGCUCCUCCCCUUUCCCCCAUGUCGCACCUCCCCUUUCCCCCAGGCCGCACCUCCGCUUUCCCCCAUGUCGCCCUUUUCCUUCCCCCCAGGUCGCGCCUCCCCUUCCCCCCAGGUCGCUCCUCCCCUACCCCCCAGAUCGCUCCUCCCCUUUCCCCCAUGUCGCACAUCCCCUUUCCCCCAGGUCGCUCCUCCCCUACCCCCCAGAUCGCUCCUCCCCUUUCCCCCAUGUCGCACCUCCCCUUUCCCCCAUGUCGCACUUCCCCUCCCCCCUAG